CUAUUCCUCCACUCUGACUCCAAUGAUGGGGCCACUCAUUGUCCUUCUCUACUGACACCAGUGAUUGGGGCACUUAUUCCUCCCACUGGACACCAGUGGAUGGGGCACUUAUUCUCUCACCACUGUCACCAGUGAUGGGGCACUAUUCCUCCCCCCACUGACGCCAACGACGGGGCACUAUUCCUCCCCCCACUGACGCCAACGAUGGGGCACUAUUCCUCCCCCCACUGACGCCAACGACGGGGCACUAUUCCUCCCCCCACUGACGCCAACGAUG